GCAGCGUCGAUAGCCGCUGAGCCAUCCGUAGACGAGUUUAUUGACCGCCGCCGCGAGAAUUACGUGCGAAGUUGAGUGUGAGCUUCUCAAUUCUCAACUCUAAUUAAUUUAUUGUGCUUGCUUUGCGUCUACUGUCUCAAGAUGGCUGUCAACAUCCAGGCGGCUGUGGCCAGGAAUGUCUUGGAGGUAUCCAAAGUGAUUGAAGAGCAAAUAGAUGCGGAGAUUGAGAAACUCGACAAAAUGGCCGAUGAGGACCUUGAAGGUCUGCGCCAAAAGCGCCUGGACGCCAUGAAGAAGUACGAGAAGAAGAAGCGCGAGUGGCUCGAGAAGGGCCACGGCGAGUACACUGAGCUGACAUCCGAGCCCGAGUUCUUUGAGGCGUGCAAGGGCAGCGAAGACGUGGUGGUCCACUUCUUUCGCGAGAGCACCUUCCGCUGCAAGAUAGUCGACAAGCACCUGGCCAUCCUGGCUCAGAAACAUGUCGAGACACGAUUCUGCAAAAUCAGCGUUGACAAGGCUCCAUUCCUGUGCGAUCGCAUGAAGAUUCGGGUGCUCCCCACCAUUGUGCUUUUCAAGGACUUCAAGUCGAAGGACUUCAUUGUCGGCUUUGACGACCUUGGCGGUGUCGACGACUUCAGCACCGACAUGCUGGAGUGGCGCAUAGCUCGUGCCCGGGUCAUCCGAUACUCUGGGGACCUGAGCGUUCCGCCAACAGAGGCCUCAAAGGAACGCAGGCCAAUGUUUACUGUUGAGCGGAAGACUAUCCGCGGAGCGCCUGGAGACAACAGUGAUGAUGAUGACUGACAAAUUCACAACGGUCCUUGGCAUAUGAGAAAAAAAAAGAGAGAGAGAGAGAAACAUGGGCUGGGCUCAUGGUUUUGUAGGUGAGGCUUUCUCAUGCAUUAGGUUAUUUAUGCGAACUUCUCAAGAACAAGGGUUGGCUGAGGGGCAACAGCACUUUCAUACAAUUUUUGAUCCAAUUCGUAUUUAUAAUUUCUGUUCGAAUGAGCCCUUUGUGUCACAUAGUGAACUGUUAUGAACACGGAACCAGCCUAUCGUAUCUUACGCAGCAGGUGUCCUAGAGAGGUCUCCGGAAAACACAAACAGAAGCAGUGGUGGAAUGGCGGCGAAAUUACGUUGUUUGUUGCUUUGUUCGUGCACCGCCGCUCUUGCAAUGCGCUAUAACCAUGUUUUUUUUUUUGCGUUUGACAGAUCGCACUGGACCACAAGAAGGUUUAAUUUUUAAGUUGGUACCAGUGUUUGCGCUCGCGUUUCUGGCGACCGUUUAGUACGGUUCUUAAACUGUUUUUAGACGUUUUUGCAUCGUUGUUUGAGGUAUAAUGUCGUGAUUUUAUGUUAUUGCGAUCGUCGACAACACCGGCAAACGCACUGAAAUAAAGUGAAUGGAUAUUACAAACCAGCUUUUGAUGUGGGGUGCUCCCCAUACACACACACUUACACACACACACACACACCUGAAAAAAAGUAUUUUCUCAAGGACAAAAGUGUGGGAAGGGGGGGGGGGGUGUCCAUUACAUGCGCAAUUAAAUACAGUAACAAGCCUAGGCUGCGACAAAGGCCCAUUACAAAUUUGCCAUGCCGUCCAAGCACUACAUCAUGUUCACUAUGUUUCAGUUAUGGGGUCUUCUAUAACAUUUGGUGCGCAACCAAAGUGAAUAUUAUAGAUCAAUAUGCUUUAACCUCGUUAUAAAGAAGUCGCAUCCUACACAAGAAUACCAUUGUUAUAUUCAAUAUUCAUUUAGGCAUACACAACAAUAUCGGUAAGAAAAUAGAACGACUACACGAAGGAAACACAAGUGUGACGCGUCUGACAAGCUAGCAAACAUGUUCCUGUAGAUUUUGAUGAACCAUUGGUGCCUUGCUGCACCAAUAUGCAGCACGUGGACAAUGCUGAAUUAUGUGGAGCAAUAAUAUUGAUCUAUGUGAUCGGUGUGCUCAUGCAGGAUUGGCGCAUUGGCUUGCCAGCUGUGGGCCAACCAUGCCAAGUUAAACCGUCUGACAUGAUUUGCAUGGGUGUCCACAAUAUGCUAUUUUAAGUUGCUCUUGCUGAGAAUUUGUCAUUUUUGUUCCCAGAAUGCACACUUUAAUCUGCUGAGUGACCAAAUAUUCGCUUUACUGUAACUGAUGUCUUGGAUCUUGGGCUUUAGGUUUCGUUACAAUAGUAGGAUGACCACUGAAAUAAAACAUGGCCAAUCAAAUUUCAGAUUUACCUCGUUAUGUCUGUGUUAACAAUAUCAAAGUUCGACUGCAUAUCCUACUGAUAUCUGCAAGGAAUAGUUGGCAGUUGCAUCAUGCGUCACAGCGGAUAUCCUUGCGAAAAUUCUCGAACAAACUUCCUCUGAUGUUCUGUGAAUGCAGGAGUGCAGUGUCCAUCUUGUGCUGCAUACGAGCAGAUGGCGGAAUGCCAUUACCAUCAUCUAUUUAUCUCGCUAUCUAUUUCCACAGUGUUUUCACACUUCCUUUGUAAUUGUACAACUUAUUUUACAGUGUGCAUGUUCUUGUCUGUUUCUUGUUUCUUUUUUUCUACCAAAAUAAAGCUGCCUUUAUGGGGAGCAUACUAUA